AUGGCUUACGUUGCCAAGUCCUUCUACGACCUCAGUGCUAUCAGCCUGGAUGGGGAGAAGGUAGAUUUCAAUACAUUCCGAGGCAGGGCAGUGCUGAUUGAGAAUGUGGCCUCGCUCUGAGGCACAACCACCCGGGACUUCACCCAACUCAACGAGCUGCAAUGCCGCUUUCCCAGGCGCCUGGUGGUUCUUGGCUUCCCUUGCAACCAAUUUGGACAUCAGGAGAACUGUCAGAAUGAGGAGAUCCUGAACAGCCUCAAGUACGUCCGCCCUGGGGGUGGAUUCCAGCCCACCUUUACUCUUCUCCAAAAGUGUGAUGUGAAUGGUCAGAAUGAGCAUCCUGUCUUCACCUACCUGAAGGAUAAGCUCCCCUACCCUUACGACGACCCGUUUUCCCUCAUGACCGAUCCCAAGUUCAUCAUUUGGAGCCCUGUGCACCGCUCAGACGUGUCUUGGAACUUCGAGAAGUUCCUCGUCGGGCCAGAGGGGGAGCCCUUCCGACGCUACAGCCGCACCUUCCCGACCGUCAACAUCGAGCCAGACAUCAAGCGCCUCCUCAAAGUUGCCAUAUAAACACCAGCAGAUCUCCUACUUCCUCCUGCCCCUGAGUGUCUUUCCUGAGCAUUCAGUGUGCCCUCAGGAGACCCUGCUGGGCCCAGGCUUUCCCUUCAGAUCAGUCCCCUUCAUUGAAGAGCCUUGCCUUUCUGGUCUGCCUGUUUCCUUUCCUUCCCCCCAAACUUCUGGUUGGUGAUCCAACCUGGGGCUCCAAGACGGGUGGGCUCUG